AUGGAGCCUUCCGUGGAGUUAAUGGUGCACCACCACGGAACCCCGCACAGCUUCCAGCUCUCCAACUCAGCGACAUUGCAAGACCUCUCCACAGCCAUCGAAGGCACUCUGAACAUCCCGGUCGAGAAUCAAAAGCUCCUCAUUGCUCCAAAGCCAGGAAUGCUAAAAGCACCAUUUCCACCAACCACUCUUACCGACACCCUCCCACUCGACUCACCAAAAUUUAAAAUCACCCUCCUCGGCACCCCAGCCAAAGCGAUCGCGGACCUUCACGAACAAGCAACCAGCGAGCGCAAACGCCAAGAAACCCGCGCAUCAGCUCUAGCCGCAGCUCGCAAGAACCAACCCAAAGCAUCUCGCAGUAGCGGCAUCAAUACUCUCUCUAGCGGCAGCAACAACUACACAUUCCACCGCCUCCUCCCCCUAAACUACCUACCGAACCCAGAGCGCUCCCUCCAGUUCCUCACCCGCCUUCGUGACGAUGCAGGCAUCCGCGCUGCCAUGGCAAAACACAAAUUCUCCGUCCCCCUCCUCACGGAAAUGAACCCAGCGGAGCACACGACCAGCGAGUCGCGCACGCUAGGGCUAAAUCGGAACAAAGGCGAAGUCAUCGAGCUUCGCCUGCGCACAGAUGCGUACGAUGGUUACCGUGACUACAGAACUAUUCGCAAAACACUUUGUCACGAGCUCGCGCACUGUGUGUUCGGGCCGCAUGACCGAGAUUUCUGGGACUUGACGGCGCAGAUCGAGCGGGAGGUGGAGGCUGGAGAUUGGAAGUCUGGUGGGAAUCGCUUGACAACUCAGGAAUUUUAUAAUCCUGGAGAUUGGGAGCGGGUUCAGAGUGGGGAGGAGGAAUAUGUCGACGAGUGUGGGUGGACUGGAGGUGAAUUCGUGCUUGGUGGGUUGAGAGAUGGGAAUAGAGAAAGCGGGGGGACGGAGUCGAGGAGGGAAAUUCUUGCGAGGGCUGCGGAGGAGAGGCUGAAAAGGGAGGGGAAGAAGGAAACACAGGAUGAUGGGAGAUGA